UUACAUUCACUUGCAAAAAUUAUAUUAACAUAUAAAUUACAACAUCUGAUUUUAAACAUUUUCAAAUUUUAAUCAAUUAUGAUAGUGAACUAUAGAAAAAUAUGAUUAAAAUAUGUGUGUUAUAAUUAAUACGUCAAUAUUUUACGAAAUGCAAAAUUGCUUUUAGUAUCAGGAUGUAUACCAAGUGACACUUCUCUUAAUGUCUACAUCCGUGAUUACGCGAAACUUCGCGGUACAAAAGCAAUGUGUCAUGAGGGUGGCUGCGGCGUAUGUAUCGUAGCUGCGGAGAUUAAGGGCAAGACAAUGGCCGUGAAUUCCUGUCUUGUACCAGUAUUGAUCUGUGAGGGAUGGUCUAUUCGUACGAUCGAGGGCUUGGGUAAUAAGCGAGAUGGUUAUCAUACGAUUCAAGCCACUCUUGCUGAGAAAAAUGGCUCGCAAUGUGGAUAUUGCUCUCCCGCCAUGGUGAUGAAUCUAUACAGUCUUAUACACGACAAAGAAUUGUCUAUGCGGGAAAUCGAAAAUUCAUUUGGUGGUAACAUCUGUCGAUGUACUGGGUACCGUCCAAUUUUGGAUGCGUUCAAAGGAUUUGCCAAUGAUGCACCUCAAUCAUUGGUGAAGGAAAUUCGCGACAUUGAGGAGUUCUACAAGAUCAAAGCAUGCCCAAAAUACGGACUGCCGUGUACAAGCAGUUGCCGCGAUAGACAACCUUCCUAUGGAAACACAACAGUGAACAUAAAAUUAACGGAUGCGGAAUUCUACAAAGUUCACUCAAUCAAUGAUCUAUUCGCCGUAUUUGAACAGAAACCGAACGCUACGUAUAUCUUAAAUGGGGGAAAUACUGCGCACGGUGUUUAUCGCUCCAGCAAAAAGGAUCUGUACAUUGAUAUAAAUGAUAUCUCAGAAUUGCGUCGCGUCGAAAAAACCAAUGAGUAUUUGGUUCUAGGCGGAAAUACAUCUCUUACAAAGACGUUAGAAACCUUUCAGAAAUAUUCAUUCAAACCUGGAUUUAAAUAUCUACGUCACUUGGCCCAUCACAUAGAGAUGAUCGCACAUGUGCCCAUACGAAACAUCGGCAGCAUUGCCGGCAAUCUGAUGAUCAAGCACGCGCACAACGAAUUCCCAUCCGAUGUGUUUUUAAUAUUAGAGACGGCCGGUACUGAAGUACAUAUUCUUGAAAAACCCGGCAGCAAGCACAGCGUGAACCUAUUGGAAUUCUUGAAACUCGACAUGUACCAUAAAAUUAUCUACAGCGUUGUCUUGCCACCUCUGUCCGACGAGUACGAAUACAGAUCCUACAAAAUCAUGCCUAGGGCUCAGAACGCCCAUGCUCACGUCAACGCCGGCUUCCUCUUCAAGCUCUGUUCUAAAGGAACGGUGCUGGAGAGACCUAACAUUAUCUACGGAGGCAUCAACAAGAAUUUUUUGCACGCGACGAACACAGAGCUAAUGUUAAUCGGUAAAUCAAUCUUAGACAAUCAAGUACUGAAGAUUGCUUUGAACACGUUGCAUGAUGAAUUGCAACCUGAUCAUGUAUUGCCGGACUAUUCGCCGGAAUUUCGCAGAACUCUCGCCAUAGGAUUAUUUUAUAAGUUUGUGUUGAGUCUCAAGCCGGAGAACGUUAAUCCCAAACUUCGUAGUGGAGGUUUCUUGUUACAACGAGGUCUCUCGUCAGGCACGCAGGACUACGACACGGACAAAAAUGUGUGGCCGGUGAAUAAGCCUGUAACGAAAUUAGAUGCCAUUAACCAGACGUCUGGGGAGGCUCAGUAUUGCAAUGAUCUGCCUCCAUAUCCCAGGGAAGUGUUUUGCGCUUUCGUUCUCACUGAAAUCGGCAACGGCAAGAUCGACAGUAUAGACGCGAGCAAGGCACUUUCUAGAAAGGGUAUAGUGGCAUUCUUCAGCGCCGAGGACAUACCGGGAAAGAAUCUGUGCAUUUCCGCCGCCAGUAAAUUGCGGUGUUUGAUAAAUGACGAAUUGCUGUUCGCCGAGAAAAGCGUUCUCUACGCCGGACAGCCGGUCGGCGUGAUCGUCGCGGAGACGCACAAUUUAGCGAACGAGGCCGCGAAAUUAGUGAAAAUUAACUACAGCGAGAUCCUGCGAAGAAAACCAGUGAUAAGCAUUGAGGACGCGCUCGCCACCCAUGAUAACACCAGAUUCAUGCACAGUGGCAACGUGCCAGCAACGAAAAAAGGGGAAAAAACUAAACGAGUGAUAAAGGGCGUUUUCCAAUGCGGCAGUCAGUAUCACUACACUAUGGAGCCUCAGACCUGCGUAUGCGUUCCCGUAGAGGAUGGUAUGGACGUCUAUCCGUCAUCACAAUGGAUGGAUCUCAUUCAAGUAUCGAUCGCGAAUUGCCUCAAUGUCAUGAACAAUAGCAUUAAUGUUUAUGUGAGACGACUUGGUGGGGGAUAUGGAGCAAAGGAGAUUCGCAACGUGCAAAUCUCAUGUGCCUGCGCGCUGGUAUGUCACAAACUGAAUCGUCCAGCGCGCUUCAUCAUGUCAAUAGAGAGCAACAUGCAAUCGCAGGGCAAACGAUUUUUUACGCGACAAGAAUAUGAAGUCGGAGUUGACAAUGAGGGAGUUAUUCAGUAUCUUGAUUCGAAACACUGGGGCAAUAAAGGCUGUGAUUUCAAUAAUUUCCUAGGUGCUAUAACAGUUAACGCCAUGAAAGACGGCUGUUAUGCGACCGAUAGUUGGACGUUCAAUGGAUUUGAUGUGCGAACUGAUUUACCGUCAAAUACGUAUUGUCGAGCGCCAGGAUUCACAAAAGGGAUAGCCAUGAUGGAGAAUAUAAUGGAGCACAUAGCAAAAAUAACGAAAAAAGAUCCGGUACAGGUCAGAUUGGCGAAUAUGAACGAGGUGGAUAAGGCCGCGUUAGAACCUAUGAUAAAGGAUUUGUCAAAAUCGGCCGAUUAUGAGAUGCGGAAGCGGGCAGUUGAUACAUUUAAUAAUGAAAAUCGCUGGAAGAAGAAGGGUAUAGCUCUGGUGUCAAUGAAAUAUCCAUUAAGCUUUUGGGGCCAAUUCAAUGCUAUGGUGUCAGUUUGCGCUCGCGACGGUACGGUUUGCGUGACGCAUGGUGGAAUUGAGUGCGGCCAAGGUAUAAAUACAAAGGUUGCUCAAGUAGCAGCUUAUACCCUAGGAAUUGAUUUAGAAUUAAUUUCUGUCAAACCAAGCAACAAUAUAAUAAUGCCAAACAACUAUGCUACCGAAGCCAGUAUUACUAGCGACUCAUGUACAUAUGCAACGAUUCAAGCUUGCAAAGAGAUUCUGAAGAGACUCGAGCCAAUAAGAAAAGAAAUGAAUAAUUACAACUGGAAAGAGCUUGUUUUCACGGCGUACCAAAACGACAUUGAUUUAUGCGCUCGUCAUAUGUACGCUGCUACGACAGAUGACACGAUUAAGCCAUACGGUAUUUACGGUGUCGCUAUUGCCGAGGUGGAGAUAGAUGUGUUGACCGGCCAGCACAUUAUCAGAAGAGUGGAUUUGAUGGAAGACACCGGUAUAAGCUUAAGCCCCGAGAUUGACAUUGGUCAGGUGGAGGGAGCUUUCGUGAUGGGAAUAGGAUAUUGGACUUCUGAAGAUCUGGUAUACAAUCCUAAAACAGGAAUAUUAACAAAUGACAGAACGUGGAAUUAUAAACCGCCAGGAGCGAAGGAUAUUCCUGAGGAUUUCCGUGUAUCUUUCUGCAGGAACGCGCCUAAUCCAGUCGGUGUUCUUCGAUCAAAGACAACAGGCGAACCACCGCUUUCUAUGAGCUGUGUAAUUCCGAUUGCAAUUCGGAAUGCAUUAAAUUCCGCUAGAGCGGAGGCAGGGAAUACGGAUGAGUGGUAUCGAUUUGAUGGACCGUGUACCACCGAACGUAUACUUCUAACCAGUUUAACUAACAAAAAUAACAUGAUUCUUUAAGUGUAAGAAAUUGGAAUCAUUUACGUAUAGACCGGUACUUGAAAUAUGUUUUAUAUUUAUCAUUAUUUACUAUUUAACUGGAACAAAUUUAAAAGAGAUAGAAAGACAUAGAAAGACGAUAAUUUACGUCUCUUAACGUCUUCUUGUUUUAUUGAUACAAGAACUUUCAUGAUCUAAUAAUAAGAGCGGGAUAAUUUAUUUAGUUAAUACACGGAGAGAAUUUUCUCUUAAAAUUUACCCUUAAAAUUUGAUAAUUGUGGGACAAUGUGUGACCUCGAGGAAUUUUACCAUACU